AUGGCAGUUUGGGACAAAAACCUUCUGUGGAGCUUCAUGUUCCUGCUGGCAGGUGCUGUGGGUCAAACUGUGAUGUAUCCUUUCACGUCUACCUGUGCUGUCAGAGGAUCCACUGUCACCUUCACACCUCGGAGGUCUUUCAAAGAGGGUAAAAAAAAUAUUCCUCUAAAGAUCGUCAGAGUCCGCUGGUGUAAGAACCAUGAGAUCUGUCAUGGCGGCACUCCAUCUGUGUAUGACAGUGACUCAGCAAACAACGAUCCUUGUUAUCAAUAUCUGGGAGACAUGAAGACAAACUGCACUUUACAGAUCAGAGAUGUUCAGCAGGGAGACAACGCAACCUUUCGCUUCAGGAUGGAAGCUGAUCAUCAUGAAGGACAUUUUACUAACCAGACAGGAGUGACUGUCAGAGUUGAUGAUUCGACUAAAAUGAGAAUAAUUCGCUCCAGUGAUGAUAAAAAGUUGAGCAGAGGUGAAACCGUCACACUGCUCUGUGCUUCACUCUGCACUUUCCACCAACUGGAGCUCACCUGGUUGAAAGAUGGCCACACCCUCUCAGACACUGGCCCCUCCUUCCAUCUCCACUCUCUGACUGCAGAGGAUUCUGGGAGCUACACCUGUGCUCUGAAGAAGAACAUGAAGGCUGUCUCUGAGCCGUACAGCCUGCAGGUGGAGUCAGACUCCAAAGAAGAAGCAGAAACUGGUGGUAACCUUCCCCUGAUAGCUGGUGUGAAGUUUGUUGUCCUGCUGGCUGUGAUCGCGCUCGUACUCUUCAUCAUCGAAAGGAAGCUGAGAGCAGCAGAGGGUCAGAGAGCGGCUGGAGGUGAGACGGAGCUGAAGCAUCCCGAUAACGUCAACAGCAACAUUCAAGAACAAGAUGACCAACAAGAAACCAGCCGAGCUGUGGAGGACGUCAGCUACUCCUCCGUCCACUUCACACAGAAGAAACAGGAGGGCAGGCAGAUGCAGAAGGUCGAUGAUGCCGUCGUCUACUCUUCAAUAGCCAAAUGA